AAAAACCUUCCUUCUUUUUUUCAAAAUAAAUAAAAUUGUGAUUGGUGUGAGUAGGUUUUAUCAAAAUGUAUUAUUCUGUUAUAUUAUUGUUCCUUGGUGUUCUUUUUUCACACGGAGAGUGCCUUUCUGAUGAAAUGAAAGCCAAAAUAAUGGACAUAGCAAAGCAGUGCAAUGCUGCCACAGGAAUAGAUGAUCAGGUAGUAGCUCAAGCAUUGGCAGGAAAUUUCCCUACAGACGAUAAGUUCAAAAAAUUCGUGCUAUGUUUUGGCAAAAUGAUCGGAUUUCUGGACGAAGAAGGUAAUCCAAACAUUGCUGCUAUUUCCGAAGCGAUGAAGAUGAAUUUUGGUGAUCAAAUGUCGACAGAUGUCAUUAUGGGGUGCGCGAAGAAAGAAAGUACGCCAGAGGAUACGGCGUAUAAUGUAUUUAAAUGUUCCUUUAAGGUUAUUCAUAUGUAAAUUUCAAUAAUAAAAUAGAGAAAAAUGUGUAGUGGUUACGUAACAUGUUUGUCAGAUUAUUAAGAAAAUAUCUUCCAUA